AUGAAAAUACACCCACCCUCGAAAGGCUACGACAUUGAGGACGCUAUUGUCAUGAACCGCGCCUCCCUGGACCGCGGCUUCGGCCGCUGCAUUGUCAUGAAGAAGUACGGCACCGUGCUCAAGCGCUACCCCAACCGCGCGCGGGACCGCAUCGUGGCGCCGCAGCCGUCGGGCGUGACGGGGCGCGUCCCCGAGCGGCUGCACGUGCUGGACAGGGACGGCCUCGCGCGCCCCGGGGAGUUCAUCCGGCCGGGGGACGUGUACAUCAACAUGCAGCGCCCCACCAACACCCGCGACCCCCUGCCCGCCGUCAU